UGACCAAUUCUUAUCCACCUGCACUAAAGUCACCUGGUGGCGUUACGGAGAACGCUGAAUUUUUGUAAAGUGUUUUCCCGCCCACAUGCUGUCAUUUUACUUUGUUUAUAUAGGUGGAUCUAGGUUCAUUUUAAUGCCAGACGGAUGUUGGAGUCAGCUAACGUUUAAAGUUUGCUCUGUGGUUUUCCUGAAGGCUUUUUACUAACUGAAAGUCACCACUUCCUGGACAGUUUCCCAGCAGAACCAGUGGAUUAAGCCGUUAUAACUAUGGCUCAGGAGGAAAGUAAACGGCUGGUCGUAGUGGUUCCUAAUGAGACGUCCUUCCUGUCCCGACGUGUGUUUACAAGUGAGGAUGAAGCAUGGAGAGCAUACCUGGAGAACCCUCUCACUGCAGCAACCAAAGCCAUGAUGAGCAUCAAUGGAGACGAGGACAGUGUGGCAGCUCUCGGGCUGCUAUACGAAUACUACAAGGUUCCAAAAGAGAAAAGGCUCCUGUCUGUAGCAAAAUUUCCAGAGGAUGAAAAAAGAAUAUGCCAUGGUGGUGUGGACUCCAUUAAUGAGCGUGAUCAGGGCACCAAAUCUCCCCCAGUCAAUCUCUCGGUCAACACAGACUCUCGUAACACAGAGGUGAAGCGAGACUCGUAUAGCACCUUACCAGCAGAGGGGGGAGUGGUGGCUACCAUAAAGUCAGAGGUGUAUUUAAACCAGAUGCAGGAACGACAGCCAUACCAUCACAUUUCCUACCAACAGUCCAAUCAGGAGGCACAUAGCAGUUAUGGCAAGGAAGAGCAGAGGAACAUGCCAGAUAGCACUUUUGAAGACUCUUACAGUGGCGAGAAUUUGAAAUUCAGAAUUCCCACCACUCUAGGGGCCCAAGACUCUGUCUUUGAGCAGCCUGUAAUGAACACGCUCCAGUACAGUAUAGAAGCGAGCCGCUCAGUUCGCCAGAAGCCUGGCGAGGGUCCAAUGAUCUAUCUGAACAGAGGUCAGUUCUAUGGCAUCACCCUGUGUGAGGCAGGCAUCAACAAAGGCUUGCGCCAUCCUAUUAGCAAAGUGAGGAGUGUUGUGAUGGUGGUGUUUGGAGAGGACAAAUGUCGCGAUGAGCAGUUGAAACACUGGAACUACUGGCACACUCGUCAGCACACCGCCAAACAGAGAGUCCUGGACAUUGCUGAUUACAAAGAGAGCUUCAACACUAUUGGGAACCUGGAGGAAAUCGCCUAUAAUGCUGUCUCUUUCACCUGGGACAUUAAUGAGGAGGCUAAGGUGUUUAUCACGGUGAACUGUUUGAGCACAGAUUUCUCCUCUCAGAAAGGAGUGAAAGGGCUUCCACUAAUGAUUCAGAUUGAUACAUACAGCUACAACAACAGAAGCAACAAACCAAUUCACAGAGCUUACUGCCAAAUCAAGGUCUUCUGUGACAAGGGAGCUGAGCGGAAGAUUCGCGAUGAGGAGAGAAAGCAGAUGAGGAAAAAGACAAAGGGUCAUGUGGCUGGAGGGCAAGGACACAAUGAUCUGACGAGUAAAAGAGGAAGCCUUGGAGCCUUAAUGCAGAAGAGAUCAGACAUCACAUUCUUCAAAUCCAUAACAGACCUGGAUUCUCAGCCAGUGCUGUUCAUCCCUGAUGUUCAUUUCAGUAACAUGCAGAGAUCUGCACAGAUGUUUGGAUAUAGUACUGAAGAAAUGGAGAAUGAUUGUGUGAUGAUGAAGAGGGUUUUUAGACAUUCAGAAGAUGAUCCCUGCCUUCCACCUGCCAAACAGAGCAAAAAUGAUGCACCAAGGCGAGUUCUACUGUAUGUACGGAAGGAAUCUGAUGAGGUUUUUGAUGCAUUAAUGCUCAAGUCUCCAACAGUGAAGAGUUUGAUUGAGGCUAUUUCAGGCAAGUACUCCCUUCCUAUUGAGAAGAUGAGUAAAAUCUUCAAGAAGAAUAAGAAAGGGAUUCUGGUCAACGUGGAUGACAACAUUAUUGAGCACUACUCCAAUGAGGAUGCGUUUGUGCUAAGCAUUGAGCCUCAAGCAGAGUGCUUUCAGGUUACACUCACAGAAAUCUAAUGGCUGCAUGAGUAAAACUUGUAGGUGGACUUCCAAUGGCUUUCUCAGUAACCAGUUACAGGAAAUACAAAGAUGGAUAAAGCAGAAUACCUAACCAGAGAAUAAUGUAGAUUGUCUACAAGUGGGUGGCAGACUGUGAUAAACACCUGUGUACUUUCUUUCUCCUAGCCCUUUUACUCUGUUUAAGCUCUCAUGAAAGCAAAGAAUUAUAUUGCUCCAGUUUAUAUGUAGUAUUGUGUGUUCUGGAAAUAACUAGCCUAACAGGUUCUUUUAAAUAGCUUUCAGUAUUCUGCUUUUUAAUCCAGGCUCAGGAAACAACCCAGCUGGGGGGAAAAAUCACACAUUUUUUGCAGCCUGCUUAGGAAGUCUAGGAAACUGUGUUUUAUUGUCUCUUCUUUACUAUAUAUUGGAAUACAUCUGUAGUGUUAGUUAAUGUCUUUGCACCUUGUACAUAUUUAUGUUUUCAGCUUGUAUGUAUAUUGCUUUAAUUAAUGUAAUAAACAGUAUAAUUUUU